AUGGCAACAACAGGAGGCCACCGCAGGAGGCGGAAAGGAGGCGGCUCAGGGACCGAAAUACAAGUUUGGAGACCAGCACCAACUUGUGGCGAUGGACCCAAGUAUUUAGGGCCUAUUGCAGAAAAGGAGCAAAACCCCACUCACGGACUCGUUUCUGGCAGAAAAACCCCGGGCCUAUCCCCGCACCCAAGAUGGAAGUGCGGCCAGCGGCAAACCGGGCCCGGCAAGGGCUACGCGGUCUCGGAGCCCCUUCCCUCCCCUCGCCUGCAGCGCCGCCGCACCCGGGGGCCGCAGGGCAGGAGACCUUGGAGACCCGGUGGCCUGAGCGCCUCCUGGGAGCGAGGGCCCGAGCCAGGCAGCGGCGCGGGCCGCGAGGGGCCUGCGGCGAGGCGCCCCUCCCGGGGCCCGGUUACCUGGCGGCAGCGGCGGCUCCUCCUCCCCGUCCGACGCUCGGCGCCCGGCGGCGGCGGCGGCGGCGGCGACUCUCCAAACAACCCGCAGCGACGGGCCGAGCCCGGCCCCUCUCCGCCUCCCUCCGCGCCGCCUCCGCCCUCACCCCUCAGUCAGGACAUGGUCUCCGCGGGCCCGCGCGCGGCUCCCGGCUGCCGGAGGCGGGGGCAGAGGGGCGGAGAGGAGGCGCGGAGGCGGGGGGCGCCGGGGGGAGGGGGGAGAGAGGAGGGGGACGGCCUCGGGCGCUGCGGGUUCCUAAUGGCGGCGACUGAGGGCACCCGGAGCCAAAUAAACCCCACGGCGAACAGCACAACGUCAAGGCCGGACCCUAGCGCUCGCAGCCCUGUCAUUGGCCCCAAAGCUGCCAGCGGCGCAGCCAAUGGGCGGCCGCCUCUUUCCGGGCGCAGAAGGCGGGCUUCGGAGCGUGACGUCACGUCGGCGCCGGGCCCUGAUUGUGAGGAGGCGACGCGCACCGCCCCGCGGCUCCGCCCCUCGGCGCUACGCGGGUGA